AUGGAGCCCCGGGCAGCCACUGCUGGCGAGCCCGAGCCCGCUGCGUCCCCCUCUUUCCAGGCCCGGCUCUGGAAGAACCUGCAGCUGGGGGUGGGCAAGGGCAAGGGCAGCGGGGGCGGUCGCACCGGGGGCCCCGAGCGCCGCACUGCGGCCACUCCGACCCCAUCCCCGCCGCCCCCAAGGGCCACCCAGGACGCACUGGCCGGUGUGGGGAGUACCAGCAGCAGGUGGAGCGGCUUCAAGAAGCGGAAGCAAGUACUAGACCGGGUCUUCUCCUCCUCGCAGCCCAACCUGUGCUGCUCCUCACCGGAGGCCCUGGAGCCGGUUGGAGCAGGCAGAGCCGAGCAGGGGUCCACGCUGCGCCGCCGCCUCCGCGAACAUCUGCUGCCCGUGGCUAAGGGGCCCGCGACGGCCCCGGGGCCAACUGGAGUGACGCCUCCUGGCGGAUACUCUCCGGACUCAGUUCCUUCUUCUUCCGCCUCAUCCUCUCUAUCAUCUUCUCCCCAACCGCCCGCGAGGGGGAACCGCGUCCGAGAUGAAGGCGCAAGGCGUGGAGGUUCUGGGGUUCACCUGUGCCACCAAAAGAGCUCCUCUCUUCCCGGGACCACGUGCCUGGAGCAGUUGUUGGAACCGGCGCUACCUCCCGUAGAAGCCGCACGGCGUCCCGCAGAGCCCCAGACUCUGCUUAAGGGCGAAGAACAUGGAACAUCAACAGAGAUCUCAAAAAUAAAUACAGUUGGAAACAGUAAUGCAGAUGUCCCUUUGGCUGAUCCCGGAAUGUACCAGUUGGACAUCACACUAAGAAGGGGUCAGAGUUUAGCUGCCCGUGACCGAGGAGGGACAAGUGAUCCAUAUGUGAAGUUUAAAAUUGGAAGAAAAGAAGUUUUUAGAAGUAAAAUUAUACACAAGAACCUGAAUCCUGUGUGGGAAGAAAAGGCUUGUAUUCUUGUUGACCAUCUUAGAGAGCCACUGUAUAUCAAGGUAUUUGACUAUGAUUUUGGGCUGCAAGAUGACUUUAUGGGAUCAGCCUUUCUCGAUCUCACACAGUUGGAGUUAAACAGGUCCACGGAUGUGACCUUAACUCUGAAAGACCCCCAUUAUCCCGACCAUGACCUCGGAAUCAUCUUGCUGUCAGUCAUUCUUACCCCUAAGGAAGGUGAACCCAAGGAUGUGACUAUGCUAAGGAGGAAGAGUUGGAAAAGAUCCAGUAAGGAACUCUCAGAAAAUGAAGUGUUUGAAUCUCACUUCUCUGUGCACUUUCUUUUGGAGGAUAAUUGCAGCCUGCUCUCCCCUCCUGGGCUUCAGCAGAGAGAGCUUCAGAGUCCUCAUUGCCAAGACGCACAGUUUCAGACCCAAAGCUUGCGUCUGUCAGACCAGCACAGGAAGUCACACCUGUGGAGAGGAAUUGUUAGCAUCACCCUCAUCGAGGGCCGAGACCUCAAAGCAAUGGAUUCCAAUGGGUUGAGUGACCCCUAUGUGAAGUUUCGGCUCGGGCAUCAGAAGUACAAGAGCAAGAUUAUGCCCAAAACUUUGAAUCCUCAGUGGAGGGAACAGUUUGAUUUCCAUCUCUAUGAGGAAAGAGGAGGGAUCAUUGACAUCACCGCCUGGGACAGAGACGCCGGCAAAAGAGAUGAUUUCAUUGGAAGGUGCCAGGUUGACCUGUCGUCUCUCAGUAGGGAGCAAACCCACAAGCUGGAGUUACAGCUGGAGGAGGGUGAGGGCCACCUGGUUCUGCUUGUCACUCUGACAGCUUCGGCCACAGUCAGUAUCUCUGACCUCUCUGUCCACUCCCUGGAGGACCAGAAGGAGCGAGGGGAGAUCUUAAAGAGAUAUAGCCCACUGAGGAUAUUUAACAACAUAAAAGACGUGGGAUUUCUCCAGGUGAAAGUCAUCAGAGCUGAAGGUUUGAUGGCUGCUGAUGUCACAGGCAAGAGUGAUCCGUUUUGUGUGGUAGAACUGAACAAUGAUAGACUGCUGACACACACUGUCUACAAAAACCUCAGUCCCGAGUGGAACAAGGUGUUCACAUUCAACAUUAAAGACAUCCAUUCAGUCCUGGAAGUGACCGUUUAUGAUGAGGACCGUGACCGCAGUGCCGACUUUCUGGGCAGGGUUGCUAUACCAUUGCUGUCUAUUCAAAAUGGUGAACAGAAAGCCUACGUCUUGAAAAACAAGCAGCUGACAGGGCCAACAAAGGGGGUCAUCUAUCUUGAAAUAGAUGUGAUUUUUAAUGCUGUGAAAGCCAGCUUACGAACAUUAAUACCCAAAGAACAGAAGUACAUUGAAGAGGAAAACAGGCUCUCCAAACAGCUGCUUCUGAGAAACUUCGUCAGAACAAAGCGCUGUGUCAUGGUGCUGGUAAACACUGCGUACUACGUUAAUAGUUGCUUUGACUGGGAUUCACCCCCAAGGAGUCUUGCUGCUUUUGUGCUCUUCCUCUUUGUCGUCUGGAACUUUGAGCUCUACAUGAUACCACUGUUGUUAUUGUCACUGCUGACCUGGAACUACUUCCUAAUAAUAUCAGGGAAAGAUAACAGGCAAUGUGAUACAGUAGUGGAGGACAUGCUAGAGGACGAAGAGGAGGAAGACGACAAAGAUGACAAGGAUGGUGAAAAAAAAGGAUUUAUAAAUAAAAUCUAUGCCAUCCAAGAAGUCUGCGUCAGUGUGCAGAAUAUCCUAGAUGACGCGGCCUCCUUUGGCGAAAGGAUAAAGAAUACUUUCAACUGGACUGUCCCAUUCUUAAGCUGGCUGGCCAUUGUAGCCCUCUGUGUGUUCACAGUCAUUCUGUACUUCAUCCCACUGCGAUACAUUGUGCUUGUCUGGGGUAUUAAUAAAUUUACAAAAAAGCUUCGGAGUCCAUAUGCAAUUGAUAACAAUGAAGUACUUGACUUCCUUUCCAGAGUCCCUUCAGAUGUACAAGUGGUGCAGUACCAAGAACUGAAACCAGACCAUUCUCAUAGCCCAUAUAAAAGGAAGAAAAACACCCUUGGCUAGCCAGCUCCCAGCACUGAGGGACCAGCUCGCCUGGAAAGAUAAAAGAAAAACCCUG